ACUUCCCUCGUCUGCCACCCCCCUAUUUCCCUUUUCCCCCCAACGAACGAUGUGGGUGUGACAGAUCCAGAUAUCUCACAUUCAGCUGUCAUCUGCGCCGGCAACGGGUCGUACAAGCGGCCCUUGCGCCCACCUUCACAAUCGAACAUCGGCCUCGCAAUCUGAUCGGCGCGGCUGAUCUUGGCGCCUAUUGAGGGCGCGUUCGGAGGGCGCUUUGUGACCCGCGGCCCAUUGUAAAGCCCAUUUCACACCAUCGAGACUGAACCACAAAGGGUGUUACAUACAACGAUAUCGAACAAGCACAAUCUCUCCCAUGCCUCGCCGCCGCUAAACAUCGAUUCUAUUUUUCAACGCCUCUUGCAGAAAAAUCUAAUGGGGAGGCGAAAGCGUCGAGCGAGCAAUUAUCGAGCUACAGGGCGUCCGUCAAAGUAGGGAAGCAAUGAAUCCCGGCCAGGCUGGGCGGCGCUUCGGAACGCUGGACGCGCAGUGGAGGGAGGAACCAGACUCCAAAUCUUUAGGCGAGACCCGCAUCGAGGCUGACGCUGAGUGCCCUUCGCCCGAAAUUCGCGAGUUACUCGAGCAGGUGUCCGAGGUGGCAGAUUUGGAGGUGGACGAGGACGACGAGAUGGACGAGGACGGCGAAGGACUGGCUGAAGAAGAGAGCACGGGGUCGGCUUACGCAACGAGCACUUACCCCCGUCUUCACCUUGCCUACGACCACGAAUAUCACAAUGAGAAUGCGCAAGAUUCUGCCACCAUAGAUUCUUCUCGAUCGCUGUAUGCCGAGGACAUCGAUUUCGUUGUGGAACAUGGGCGGCAGUACUGCGGCGACUACUUUAUGCCGGUCGACCAAACUGAGCAAACACGGCAAUACGUGAUUCACCAGGUCUACCUGAAGCUGUUCGACCUCGAACUAACGACGGUACCACUGGAGGAUCCCCGCUACAUCUUGGACAUUGGCACAGGUAUCGGAGAAUGGGCGAUUGGCAUGGCCGAGAAAUACCCGCGAUGCGAGGUCUUUGGCACCGACAUUGCACCCAUCCAGCCGACACACCAGGUUCCCUUCAACAUCGAGUUCCACAUCGAGAAUGCCGAAGAAGAAUGGAUCCGGCCAGCCAACACGGUCGAUCUCGUGCACAUUCGGAACCUGGAGGGUGCUUUCUCGGACUGGCGCUUCAUCUACAACCAGGCGUUCGCCUGCAUACGACCCGGCGGCUGGAUUGAGGUGGUGGACUGGGAGGACUGGCUUGCCGACAAGAACUUCCUCUCGCUCUACCCCGAGGGCUCCGCAAUGGGGUUCCUGGUCAAGGCGGUUCUCGAAGCGGCCGAGAUAGCCGGGAAGCCGAGGGGUUCGCACCACCUGGACAGGAAUCUCCUGAUCGAGGCCGGUUUCGUGGACAUCAAGGAGACGGUGUAUGACCUGGGGAUCGGCACGCGCGAGAACAGCAGCUACGGCAGAUUCUGGCUGUUCUCGUGCGUCACGGGCAUCGAGCCGUCGUGCAUGCGCCUGCUGACGAGGCACCUGGGGUGGGACGAGGAGGUCGUGCGGGACCUAUGUGACCAGGCCGCGCGCGAGACCAAGAUGAUGGCCGAGGAUCCCAACAGGGUCGAGGCCUUUGUCGUCAAGCUGCGCGUCGUGGUGGGGAGGAAGCCGCUGAUGGCCGGUCAGUGGACGGCCAAGACGCUGAACGAGGACGGCGAGAUUAAGGAGUAUAGCGGCGACGAGAGCACCAUUGGCGAUCGCACGAUACUCUCAGACGAGGCCAAGUGAUGUGACACUGUGCCCUUUCGUUUCUUGGAUACUUUGGUGUAAGGACGUGACUGGGGAUUUCGGCUGGCCGUCGGGCGGGCGAGGGGCGAGGGGCGUUUCAAAGGUGUGUUUGGGGGAAGGCAGAAUUGCCAUUAACUCCCCCAUUGCCAAUGUUCUUCUGGCAAGCAUUCUCUUCUCUUUCUCUUGUACCAUGUAGAUACCCGAUUCGUUUGUAACGUAUAUACUUGUCCCGGCUUAUGCCUGCAUGACCUGGUAGAUGGCUUUGCACAGCGUAAUGAUCAAUGAAGCAAUUGAUUUGGGCUAGUAC